GUCUACACCCGAGCUUUCUCCCUUGAAGUCUCUCCUCGAAAGCCAUGCCCUGAACCUCGGGUACAGUGUUAUAGCUUAUCAGCAUCCGAGACAAUGUGUCUAUUCAUUCUGCAGCCAACGUUUAUCUUUAUCCAGGUCUAUAAGGUUUUCAAGUAUUGCCUUUUACAUACUCGAGUAUACCCAACUAGUGCGACUUUGAACCUCCUAUUUCAAGAUUGGCUUAUUUUCUAGGUAACUCACUUUGACGCAUUUCAUAUGGCGUACACAGGGUUACGAUGCUGUCUACGACCAGGUGACAGUGCAUAUCUAUCAGCUUCCUCGGCUUUACAUCGAUAGCCACCGCUCUUCUGCUUGAACGGACGGUACUAUGAUUCUUUAUAAUUAGUUUCUUACAUGCAGACGAAUACAGUUUACCAUCUUCCCCAUGCCUAGAGCUAUAGCCCAGUUUUCUUUUGGGUCGUUCGGCGACAUCGUCACUCUGAUCGAGGUAGCCCUCAUACUCAAGGACUGCUUGGUCGACGGCGCGUCAGUUCAAAGGGACGUGCUCGAAUUCGCACAGUUCCUUGACAUCUAUGUCGAGGUCCUAUACUGUAUACAAGCAGUCCUGCUCUCCCCUCGAGCGCGGAAGAUUCAGAAGUCAUCAAAGAAUGCCAUUGAACACGCAUUAACGACUUCCACCAGACUCGUCGAAGAGCUACUGAUUCGACUGCAGAGCUUCAAUUCUGCCACCUGGCCUCUUUUGAUACUGCAAGCGUUUCAUUGGGCAUUUUGUGCCAAAGCAGAACUCUCGAAUUUACGGAAGAAACUGUUGGAACAGGGCAAUCUCAUGACACAGAUAUUGUCCCUAUCAGGCCUAGAAAUCUCACUAGACCUCGCCCAGAGUCCUUGUUAUGCAUGGCUUCCAUCGCAGCCGCAAACCCAUAGCGUUGUCUUGGUCGAUAUUCUCGAUCAAGUCACAUUCGUUCCUAUCGAACUCUGCCUGAAUAAAGUAGUGUUCCAUAAAUUCUUGCAACUGUACUUUGAGUCCCGAGCUGGCUGGUCAUUCAUCAGGCGGGGAGAUUAUGACGUGGUCCUCAGGUCUGACAACGGGACAAGUCAAAGACCAUGGGAUGUGGCACUAAGAGCUGGAGCCACGAUCAACAUGAGCGCAAUUCUACGUUCCCAACGGAUAGAUCGUCGCCGGUGCCCACGCUGUCACAGGCUCAAUCCUCCACCUGCAAUUGACUUGGAUGGGGAGAUCAAAUGUCUCCAUUGUCAGACGUUCUUCCGCGCCGCUCAGGGGCGCAUUCGCGCUAUUCACGACGUUGACACUUCGAAUCAUCUCCAGAGAUGUGAUACGCCAACGUCUUAUGCCUCUGAAGACGACUUCCAAUACGUCAGGCGAUUCCUCAUUGAGCUGCCCGAAAUUCCUGCCAGGCAGCCUAGCUCAGAUGAAGGAGGCUGGGGCAUGGUACUGCAAAGCUACCUCCGAGCUAAAGGACGCUUACGCAGAACCUGAGUCACCUAUCUCUACCCUACAAGAUUUAUGGUUCAAAGAUAUCUCGAGAAGAUUGUCAUGUUACUUUGACAUGUGUAAUAGUAUGCAGGUCAGGACGUAACUUCCUCGCUGACAUUAUCAGAUCGCCGUCCACCUCCCUUCAUAUUUUCUUCUUAUCUUCUGUAUUUACUUACUGUCACCCUCGGAUCCUACGAAUGCUAUUUUGUAAUAGUAUGGACGGUUAUUAGGCUUUUAAGUUUUGUAUUUCACAUGUUUCGCUUUUC